AUGACGUUAUCUGAUGAGGAAGAACCUUUUUUGUCAUCAGGCAGUGAAUAUGUGCGAUCUAAUAGCGAUCAGCCUAGUACUAGCCGAGCAAAAACCAGAAAAAUUAAAAAACAAACGAGAAAACGCAAGAAACUUGAAAAUACUCCUUUGAAUAAUUCGAAUUUGACACCAGUUGUAAACAGGCCUAGUUUACCAGCCAAUGUAUCACCGAAUUUAGUAGAUUUUAUAAAAUCUCCAGUAAAUAUAAUAGACUUUGCAGCGACACUAAGUUUCUACAUAGAUUUAAUCCUAUUAUCAGAGAAGAAGAAUCAAUUAUUGGACUUCUUUAGCAUAAUUCGGAUAUUUAGGCUUUUUAAAUUAACGAGGCAUUCUCCGGGAUUGAAGAUUUUAAUCCACACAUUCAAGGCAUCUGCUAAAGAAUUAGGACUAUUGGUGUUCUUCCUCGUACUUGGAAUUGUGGUCUUUGCAAGUUUGGUUUAUUAUGCUGAAAAACUGCAGGGACCUAUUAGAAGUACUCAUAGUUCUACAGAAGAUUUUCAAAUAAGCCUUGUAGUCAUGUCUCUAGAGAUGAAUAUCUACUUUGAUAGUGUUGGAUCAUAUCGAGGAUGA